AUGUGGCCCUCAGAGUAUAUACAAAUAAAGCAUAUAGAAGAUUUGUUGGUUUGUGGUAUAUGCUAUGAAUACAUGGAAACUUCUGUUAUAACAUCAUGCUCUCAUAAUUAUUGUUCUUUAUGUAUAAGAAAAUAUUUACAUUAUAAAACACAAUGUCCUGCUUGUUUUGCGGAAACUUUUGAGAAGGAUUUACGGAAAAAUAAAGUUUUGGAUGAAAUUAUAGCACAAUUUUUGCAAGUUAAAGAUAAGCUAAAGAAAUGUCUACUAGGACCACUACAAUUUUUACCAGGCAAUACAGGUGAUGGUAUUGUGAGCACACCAAAAUCAAUUCGUGCAAACAAAAAAUCACCAACAAUUAAACGAGAAAAUAUACUUGUUAAUAAAAAUUUAAUACCUAAAAAUACUGCAUCACCUUCUACGAAUGUACAAGAUGAUUUAUCAAGUCCAAGUACUAGUGGCAAAAAUAACAUACCAUUGAUGUUUACACCUAAAAGUGGAAAGCGACCAAAUGCAAUAAACACAGAAGAUACAAAGGUUGUAAUAUGUCCAGUAUGUAAAGUUACUGUUUCAGAAGUGAAUAUAAAUAGACAUUUGGAUGAUUGCUUAAAAAGGGAAGCAAGGAAAGAUCAUCCACAAAUAAAAGUAGAAUCGAAACGUCAACCACUGCCAAAGUUAGUAUUUACUUUAAUGAAAGAUGCUGUGAUGCGGAAAAAGUUAAAAGAAUUUGGUUUGUCAUCACAAGGAGAUCGUAAGGCUAUGGAGGCUCGAUUGCAAAGAUAUAUUGUUCUUUAUAACGCAGAAUGUGACAAGUCAAAUCCAAGAACAGUUUCAGAGUUAGUUAAACAAUGUGAAGAUGAAGAAAAUCUUGAGAAAAGAAUGAAUAAAACCUCCUUAUUUAUAAAUAAAUUACAAGUCAAUAGAAAUACAGAGCAAAACAUUAUAGAUGAUGAGAGAAAGAAAUAUUUGGAAGCACAUAAGGAUAGUUUUCAAAGUUUAAUUGAAAAAAUCAAAAACACUACGCCUAAAAAAAAAUUGUCUGUAAGACGUAGUUUGAUAAAUGAAAGUUUUGAAGGUAACAAGAGCAUAGCAAACAAAAAUGAAGCAACAACUAAAAGUUCUGAUGAUUCAGUAAGUGACGUUGAUGUAGAUGAUUUGCCAUCUAUGAAUUCAGCUGUAUAUAUACAAGAUUCUGAUUCAGACACUGCUUGCCCAUUACAAAUGUAUUCGAGCACUGAUCCGAAGAAAUUUCUUAAUGCAGAAUUGUCUCCUUCUAACAAUAAUGUUCCAAACACUAACGGUGAAUCAAAUUAUGAAGAGCGUGUUCGUGAAAAAGUAUUCAACACAUCCAACCAUUCAUACAUACAAACAGGAAAGGAUGAUAUUAAUUCAGACACAUUGAGUAAUAUUUCUGUAUCUAAUAGAGAAAUGCAUUCCAUAUUGGAUACCACUUUUGGCAACAAUAUGGUGAAGAAUGAUUCUAAGAAAGUAUGUAAUGUUUCAAAGUAUCAAAUGUUAUUACAAAGAAAGCAAAAACUACCUCUGAAUGAUAAAAUGAGAAGCAUGGACUCUGUUACUACUAGCAGAGGUGACAUGGAAUCCAACAGUGUUUCAGAUCGAGACGAGGGAAAAAGUGAGAAGUCAGCAUCUGUUUUACAAGAUAUUCUUUGUGACUUAUCGAGUAACGAUAGCAUUGACAGUAAAUUUAAUAGAGGUAAAUCACACCUUAUUAAUCAUGGGGGUUUGAACAAUAGUUUAUUAAAUUUAUCAGAUCUGGAGAAAGAAAACAGAAGUUCAUCUCCUGAAUGUAGUGGUAGUCGUUCGUUCCGAAAGAGAAGUCGCGAUUUCAUACAAAAUGAUAAUAAAACCAGUUUUGGUAUGAAGAAGAAAAUUAAAAAAUCUUCCCAAUCAUAUCUUAGUGAGACUGAUGAAUCCAAUGAAGAAUCUGUAACUACGUUGAACGAUGAUGAAGAGAGGCGUUUGCAAACUAAACCACGAUUGCGAAAUCGAAUUUCAAAUACCACGGUUACGGAGGGUACAACAGCCUUAAGAAAGUCUGCUCGAAUUAAAAUUAAGAGCUUCGUUAUUAAGUUAUUAACGAGCAGACAUUGUGGUCAGAAACGUCUGAAACUGGGUGGGCAAUCUGCGUAG